UGUUUAGGUCUGUUAUUAAAAUGGCGGCAGUCGUGACUACGAAUCCCUCUCAGCUGUUACCGCUCGAACUGAACUGAAGAAGAACAAGAAGUCCUACACAGAGCCCGGAUCUCAACAUCAUUGAGUCAGUCUGGGAUUACAUGAAGAGACAGAAACAACUGAGACAGCCGAUAUAGAUGUGGCAAUUCUCCAAGAAGCUUGGAACAUCCUAUCUGCCAACAACCAAGAAAAACUGUGUCCAGAGCUGGUGGAUAAAUGCAUUGGCUCUCGCAUUCACAUCGUCAUGAAGAAUGAUAAGGAGAUCGUUGGAACACUGCUUGGGUUUGAUGACUUUGUCAAUAUGGUCUUGGAAGAUGUGACAGAGUUUGAAAUCACACCAGAGGGCAGAAGAAUCACAAAACUUGAUCAAAUUUUGCUGAAUGGCAACAACAUCACAAUGUUGAUUCCAGGAGGAGAAGGACCAGAAGUCUAAAAAAAAAAAAACACCUUCCACAUAAUAAAAAUAACAUUUAUGUUCAUGUUCCAUGUCAUGGAAGACUUCUGUGAAAUGAGUUCUUGUUUUCAGUUUAUUUUCAUUUGAUGAUGUUAAUUUUUUGAGAGGCUUUCACAUUAGUGCUUUUAUUCUUUAUUAAUUAAUCCAAAAUGUUUUUGUAAACAUUUGCUCAUUACAAUAAAACUAGAUGACAGGU